AUGCUCACCGUCCUGCGGGUGAGUAUAAAGGCACUCAAGGACGUCGAGGAAAUUGUAAUUAUUCUGGUCAGUUUGUUUAAUUGCCGAGCAUUUUUUGAGGUGUUCGCCGUCAGCGUCCUGAACCAUCUCAGUGAGAAUUCCAUGGACGUUCUUGCCUUUCAUGUCGUCGGAGUUCUGCAGUUCCGCGGGCUGUGUUCCGGCGGCGGCAGACACUUUGAAUCCGCGGCUGGCAAAGAAAUCUCCGAGUUUAUUGCCUAUAUGAAUUUUGUGGUCCCACCAAUUUUGCUCCCUCCCUGUCAGCCCGUCGUUGAGUUCGUCCACGCCGCGCUUCAGAAUCGGCAGGCAGGAGAGAAAGACCUUGGCGCAUCUCUGCAUGUCGGGGUUGUGGGCGUUCCGCCAGUCGAGCGCGGUGCCGGAGUAUGCGGAGACGUACGCUGUGCCGAGCUCUGCGACAAAGCCCUGCAGGCCUCCCCUAAUGGUGUCGAUUGUUGGAGUGGACGGCUUCUGGAAGUUUUCUGGUCUCAGUUCGGCGAACGCUUCUUUAAGUUUGUCAAGCAUCCCCGGGACGCGAUCGUCGAAGGCAUUAUUUACCUUAAGGUGGUGGAGCAACUCGUUGAACGCGUCAUAAACUUUUAA